AUGACAAUACUUCCGCUACAGGCUACACACCACACAGCCACUUCCCACACUUUGUUGGAUCUUGUCUCUGUUUGUGAUGCUGAUGCUGUGAAGAGUCAUGGACAGGUGCCAGUGCCGGGUCUCUCAGCUCAUGAUCUGGUUUAUUGCAUUCAUGCUGUGAAAGCCCCCAAGUCACAAGCAAGAAUCAUAAGAUACCGUGAUUAUAAGAAUAUUAACUACUUGGAGUUGUUUGCUGAUCUUUUCACUGUUCCUUGGCAUCAUGUUGUCAUGGCUGCUACUAUUGAUGAGAAGCUGGAAGUAUUCCAACAAAUUAUGUGCGAACUGUUCAAUAAACAUGUGCCGUUGAGGUGCAAAAAGAAAGGCCACAGUACCACCACUGCAUUGCUUUGUGUGACUGAGGAUAUUCGUAGAGCGAUGGAUGGAAGACUGGCUACUCUGCUAGUGCUGAUAGAUUUCAGUAAAGCUUUUGAUUGCGUCUACCACCCUCUCCUGUUGGAAAAACUGAGGAAUUUGGGGUUCUCCACUCAUGUAGUGGAUUGGUUUGGUUCCUACCUGAGUAACAGGGAGGGGCGUUCCCCAGGGGUCUAUGUAACCAAUAUCUUCAGAUUCUCCAAACAGCACCUAUAUGCCAAUGACCUGCAAUUGUACAUCCACUUUGACUUGAACGACUUUACUGCUACAGUUGACAAUAUGAAUAGUAAACUUGAGACUCUUACGGACUGGACUUUGAAACAUGGACUUAGAAUUAAUGAAAUGAAAUCCAAGGCAAUAAUUAUUGGCUACACUAAACUCAUGACUCGCCGAGGUUUCAACUUUGAUAAUGGACCAUACAUCAAAAUAAACGACAUAAAUUUGAAUUACAGUGACUUUGUUAUAAAUCUGGGACUGACAAUAGACAAAACACUCGACUGGAUGAAACAAAUCAACACCACCUGUAAUAAGGUAUUUGCAGGUAUCCACUCACUUAAGAAAAUUAGUGACUUCAUUUCACUUCAUGUGAAAGUGAUGCUGGUUAAGUCAUUAAUUUUCCCAUACUUCUCUUACGGUGACAUUGUGAUCAAUGACAUGACUGUGGCCUUGUCUGAGCGACUGCAGAGGGCUCAGAACUAUUGCAUCCGGUUCAUCUUCAAUCUAAGAAGAGAUGAUCAUAACACCCCAUUUUUCCAGCAACUACAUGUGCCAAAACUCAAGAAAAUGAGGGAGUAUCACAUUCUGAUGCUGCUUCAUGACCUUUUGCAUGUAAAAACCCCAGGUUAUUUGGCACAUAAAUUUGUUUUUAUUGGAGAUCGUAGUGUGAGAGGUACCAAGCAGGGCUCCCAACUAUUGGUUAUUCCAAAUCAUAGAACAUCUAUGUAUAAUAAAUCAUUCCAUGUAUCAGCUUGUCUGAUCUGGAAUCUGUUGCCUCUAACUGUGAAGAGUAUUGGUGAUCGAGAUCUGUUUGGUGCGGCAGUAUUGAAUUGGCUGGGAUCUGGUGGCGCAGAUUAG